AUGUUUAAAAAAGUCACCCAAUCCAUAGUAAAUCAAAUGGAUCCAAAGGGAGACCUGGUCCCAGUUCACAGCAUCUUAGACCACGAACAUUUCAAACCCCUCUGUCUAUUGAAAAGAAAAAGAAAAGCCAUGUUCCACCCAUCUCCCUGCUACAAACGGACAUGCUACAGACUCGACGACGUGCUGCUGCCUGGAGAUAAAAGCACAGAGUCCCUCUUUCCCAGCGGAGGUGGUCAAGACUCCAGGCAAUUUACAAUCAAAAAAAGCGUCAGUGACAGAGUUGAUGGUGGCCUGAGCCUUUCAGUUGACUCUGCAAGCGUAGGGCUGAAAGGAGCUGCCUCCUUGGCCAAAGAGUGGUCCAUCAAGCUGGAGAAGAACAACAUAUUACUACCAAAACUUGAGGUGCUGAAAACAGAAAGAAAAAUAAAUGCGAAUCACUCCCUCAUUCAACAACUACAGAAAGCACGACAAAAUCUGUACGUGGUUCAUGAAACAAUAGAAACCUCAGAGGAGACCAGCUACACGGAGUCCACCGAGGCAGAGGGGAACUUCAUGACCCAGUUUUACGCCAAGUUUUGUGUGAAGGGCACUAGGGAGAACAAACAAAGCAUAACUAUACCCAAGGGCUGCACUCUGGCGUUCAGGGCAAUCCAGCUGGCCAUUACAGACAGAUCAUGGGGUCUUGACUAUUUCCCAGAAGGACACAACAGACUGCUCGUAUCUGAUGGUGUCUCACAAGGAAAAUUAGGGCUGCUGCAGGCAGAAGUUAAAAAGAAUGAUGAAAUAGCCUUCAAAGCUGUGAUGAGAGACAGGACCCUCUUUCAAGAACUGAGCCAGAGAAUGGAAGCAGUUCUUGAUGAAACUGGUAGUUGGGAGCUGAAAACAGAAAGCCCAGAUUUAAAAGACCUGUUGAGCACCUUACAGUAUUCUUCAAGUCACAUUCUCCUCCAGAUGGCAGAAGCAAUCACCUACACUCUUGACGCCUUAGAUGAGCUAACGGAGGAUCAGCUGCUGUUACUGCUCGAGUCCUUGGAAGAGAAGAUUGCGUCCCAACAGCUUAAGCUGGUUGGGAGCAUCUUGGAACACGACAUAAGACAGGGGAAAGAGCAUUUCAGCGUGGAUGCCAGCUUGCUCUCCUUCUCACGAGAGAAGGAACAAAAAAUAACCAUUGCGAUGGUCGAGAUGAGUGGAGCGAAGCUCCAGACGGACGGAUCUGGUGUCUGUACGGAAGAAGCCGUCUCGGCCAUAGCAGCCCUGUACGUCUCUCUGUAUGUCCUCAGCCUUCUGAGUAACUCAAAUUAG